CACAGCUUCCACUGUCCUAGACCUUUUUCCAAGAUUCCUCGACACACCAGGCUUGAUCGACCAAGACUUCAAUAUGCUCUUUGGUGAUGAAGUGACUGGUAAAUUCCUCGCUAAAUGGCCAACAUUCUUCAAACCAAAGGUCAUUGCGGAGUGCAAAAAUCUUCCUCGAAGUGUGCACGUGGAUGACCUCCUUUUGUCUGCCCAACAGGAAUCUGAUGAUGAUGAUGGUGUAUGGGACUGUGAGGUUGCCGCCAUCUGCCUGUUGCUUCACCUGUUGCCUCCAACAUCCAAGGGCAAGAAGUCUGCAAAGAUCAGCGCAACGGAUGCUACUGUCCGCCUGGUGAAGUUCCUUAAGGUGGGGAGAAGCAUGGAGACCUUCCUGAAGGAAACUGGCCCUGCUCAGCCCUUUCUCCUGUGUGUUGGAGAACGAAAAAACAGCAUCCAGAAUUUCUACAUCAUCCUGGACCAAAAGGCCAUUCCCUCCAAGACGCAGACUGGAGUUGCUGCCUUUGACGAGCUCUUCAAGGCACAUUUUGCUUUUGCUGUGUCCUAUGAUGAGGCGCUAUCCAACUUCUACACCUUCAUCCAGACAACCGUGUAUGGCAUUGACGUUGGCAGUGUGAAGGAGACCCCUCGGGUGAAGGAAAUUAGAGUAAGACUUCUUCACAGUUCAUUUUGAAGAGGAACUCAUUUAUGUUCAUUGAAGAGGAACAUACAUACAUGUAUGUAUGUUCUGGUGUUGAAAAUGAGAUGCUGUUGUUCAACAGGAUUGUCAGUGUUAUUGUAAGAGAUGACAGCGCUUAUCUUCUAACUUGUACUGUCUCAACAAUGCAUUUAGCAUUGAGGAGAAAAACAAUGUCUUUACACUGAUGUGUGUAGAUGAUCUGCUGUACUACAGGCCGUAUGACAGGCAAUUAUCAAAUUACACUGACGACCAAAUGUUUAUUGUGCCAUACUGUUUUCGUGUGACUCCAUGCUGUACAUGUUUUUAAGAAUGUUUUGCAUUUGUGCUGUACCUGCCUUUAAUACACUAUUUUGUGAAAUGA